GGUAAGAGACGGAGGUUCCACAAGCCAGACAGACGUUCUCAGGCUUUUUUCCUCCGUUUCUCCGCUUCAUCGUCUCCGAAUUGCGUCACCAUGGCGGACCCAGAAACUGAAGGCCUGCCAAGCACCUUCACCUCUUACAUGGCGGAGGGCGAGCGGCUCUAUCUGUGCGGGGAGUUCGCUAAAGCCGCCCAUAGCUUCAGCAACGCUCUUCACCUUCAGAAUGGAGAUAAGAACUGCUUGGUUGCCCGCUCCAAGUGCUUCCUCAGGAUGGGAGAGCUGGAGAAAUCCCUGGCAGACGCUGAGGCUUCACUCCAGGGCGACCCGACUUUCUGCAAGGGGAUUUUACAAAAGGCGGAGACCCUGUACACCAUGGGAGACUUUGAAUUUGCCUUGGUGUUCUAUCAUCGAGGCUACAAGCUGAGGCCUGAUCGGGAAUUCAGAGUUGGAAUUCAGAAAGCCCAGGAAGCCAUCAACAACUCAGUGGGAACUUUUGUCCUUGCAGGUCCUUCUUCUGUUAAGCUGGAGAACAAAGGGGACCUGUCCUUCAUAAGCAAGCAGGCGGAGAGCGUGAAAGCCCAGCAGAAGCCUCAUCCCGUGAGAAAGCUCGUACACCAUCCCAAGAGAGAGUCCAAGCGGAAGGGCUCGCUCAAGAGCGAGAAGACCAUCCGACAGCUCCUGGGCGAGCUCUACGUGGACAAGGAGUAUCUGGAGAAGCUCUUGUUGGAUGAAGACCUGAUCAGAGGCACCAUCAAGCACGGCCUGACCGUGGAGGACCUCAUCAUGACGGGCGUCAACUACCUGGACAGGCGCAGUGACUUUUGGAGGCAGCAGAAGCCCAUCUACGCCAGGGAGCGGGACCGGAAACUGAUGCAAGAGAAGCGGCUGGGGGACCGCAAGCGCCGGCCCUCACAGGCGGCCCGCUACAUCCUCAAGAGCCUGGAGGACAUUGACAUGUUGCUGACCAGCGGCAGUGCUGAAGGCAGCCUUCAGAAAGCUGAAAAAGUGCUGAAGAAGGUUCUGGAAUGGAACAAAGAGGAGGUGCCCAACAAGGACGAACUGAUUGGAAACUUGCACAGCUGCAUAGGGAACGCCCAGAUGGAGCUGGGGCAGAUGGUGGCAGCCCUGCAGAGCCACAGGAAGGACCUGGAGAUCGCCAAGGAAUAUGAUCUUCCUGAUGCCAAGUCCAGGGCCCUGGACAACAUUGGCAGGGUUUUUGCCAGAGUUGGGAAAUUCCAGCAAGCCAUUGACACAUGGGAGGAGAAGAUCCCUCUGGCCAAAAGCACCCUGGAGAAGACCUGGCUGUUCCACGAGAUUGGCCGCUGCUACUUGGAGCUGGACCAGGCCUGGCAGGCCCAGAAUUAUGGUGAGAAGUCCCUGCAGUGCGCCGAGGAAGAAGGGGACAUCGAGUGGCAGCUGAACGCCGGUGUCCUGGUGGCGCAGGCACAAGUGAAGCUGAGAGACUUCCAGUCGGCAGUGAACAACUUUGAGAAGGCCCUGGAGAGAGCGAAGCUCGUCCAUAACAGCCAGGCACAGCAGGCCAUCAUCAACGCCCUGGACGAUGUCAACAAGUGCAUCAUUGAAGAGCUGAAGAAAACCAACUACAGGGAGAUACUCAAAGAUAAGAAGGAGAAAGAAGAUGCCACUACGUUGGAUAGUAUAACAGUGAUGGCAAAGGAGAAGGAAACGAUGAGAAUGAGAGAUGAACCCGAGAAGGUCACCGAGACGGUGAUGAAGCAGUGCGAGCGGGAGCAAAUGGAGAGUGAGAAAGAGACCGAAGGUGACUUGUCUAAGGAAACCCUGGGGAUCACAGCUAGUGGACCAGAAGAACAUAGGCAGAGAGAAGAAGUAGAAAAAGCCAGCCCCUCAAGGAGAAAAGGACCAGCUGCGAUGGAGGGAGGUCCAGGAGAUGUUGCCGAGGGACAAUCUGGAGAAGCAGGCAGGAAACUAACAGCAGUGAACAGAGGGGAAACAAGAGAAAUUUACAGGAGGCCUUCAGAACUGGACCAAAACCUCUCAGAAGAAUCAAGCACGAGGGAGUCCGAAGGACUAGAGUAGACACUUUCAGAAAUCGGCAGAAGAGGGUCCAAAGCACUGGGGAAAACAGAAUCGGGAGAAAUAAGAGAACCGGAAAUAACAGAAAAUUCUGAAAAAAUGGAAAAAGAUGAAAAGGAAGACGAAUGAAGCCAUCGAGUAGGCAUUACGAUCAGGAGGCUGGUGUUCACAGGGACCACGGAGAUCUUAUUAAACUGGACCUUCAAGCUGAGAUUUGUCUCUAAUAGGAAAACAUGUGGACUGGGUCCCACAGGUCACCUCUGUCUCUUUCUAUUACUGUUUUCCCUUUAAAUGUGCAUCUUUCACUCUUACAAA